UCACAACCAAAGCUUACAGGCGAGUCAGAAAAGGAUGCUAAAGUGCAUGAACAAGUGGCUGAGUUGGCGAUCGAGGAAGGCAUGUGUGUAGGAUACCUUGGACGAGCCAAAAAAGGGGUAGAAGUAAAGUCUGAUGAUGAAACUGAAACUGAAUAUAAUGCAGAAGGAGAGAAAGUUAUUGAAGUAGAAUCCGGAGCAAGUCUAACAAGUGAUGGUACCAGCUGGACCUUCAAUGAGUGGGCUGUUCACCUAUGUUUCCCUCUUGAUGCUGUAUCUGAGCGUGUGUCAAUAGUGGUCCACAGAUGGAAAUACAGUGACCGUUCACCCCCGCUGCAGGAGCAUGAAGCCAUCACUAGCAAUGUUAUUGAACUAUCUUCCUUGAAUGGCCAAAAACUAAAAUUUAACAACAAAGUGAAGCUGUCAUUAUCUCACAGUUCAACAGACCUACAGGGCUAUGAGAUAGUGAUAAAAAAGCUGAUUGACAAGGAAACGAAUACUUGGGAAGACGUGGAUGAAACCAGAGACAUACGUUUUGACUUCGCAGACAAUCAUCCUCCCGGCAUGAAAAUACCGGACGUUUUCUUUCCAGUUGCUCAAGCUGAUAUAACCGAGUGCUCAACAUAUGCAGUAGUUUGCCGUCUCAAGGCUUCUUCCGCUUACACCAUCACAUCUGAUGGUGGCUCAUUCAGCCAUCCUGAGUUUCCUGGCGUGACAGUUACAAUCCCUGAGAAUUCUGUUGCACUGGACGCAAAGUUUCCGUUUGAGUUGAAGGUGCAACAAGUUCCAAAUGAAGAAUUUGAGGAGAACGGUAUAUUUCUUGGACCUGUAUUGCGAAUCAAGUGCAAUGAAGCUGUUCAGUUCUUGAAACCUGUCACCAUUCAGCUUCCAAUUUCUCUUCGAGAGGAAAAAGUCUUGAAUCUAAAUCCCACAACUUGUCACGUCAGAGUGCUGUUUCUCAAGUCCGAUAAUGACCAAAAAGAAUGGAUUGAUAUCACUGAUGAUCUUGUGAAACCGCCAAGACUUGAUGGACAGUUUGUAAGGUUCUAUGCGGAACGGUUCUCUGGAUAUUCGUGUUAUGUUAAGAGAAGAAACAAAAACUCCAGAUUUAAUGAACAAAGAAUUCGAAAUCGCCUUAAUGGCAGCAUUUCUGAUCAGCCCAGAUUAGCAGUCUUUUUCGCUUACUUUCGUCCUGAUCAUGUAAGAAUUUUGUGUCUGAAGAGUUGCCUUGCUCACCUUAAAGUAAAGGUGUUAAGGGAGCUUAAAAAACAAGAUAUAACGCCUGUUUGCAACAACUCGAAGAGAGAUAUGACACCUGGGCACGAUGAGGCAUCAGUGUCAGUAUCUGGAGGAAUAUACCCAUAUAUAAGAAGGGAAAUGGAGAAAAUUUAUCUUAGAAUUUUAGAGCACUAUCCAGAUGAUGCAGCGUUGGAGGUUCGUUUUCGUAAUGACAAAGACUUAGCAAUAGUGGAAUUUCAUAGCACCUCAAAUGAUAGAGCGCCUCCAUUGUGCACAUUGCUUUUAGGAAUACCCAUUCAGGGUACGGAUCGUUCCAACUUGAGGGAACUUACAAGAAAGCCUAGUGCAGUGAAGGAAGGCAGUCCAACGGACAAUGACCUAGAACAUCUGUCAACAAAAAUAUCUCACGUUUGGAGAACGCUUGGGCGACGACUAACCUUCAAUGAAGCACAGUUGAACGAAUUUGAUAGCAGACAUGAACAAAUAUCCGAAAAAGCAUAUGCCAUGUUGUUAGCCUGGAAACAAAGAGGCGGCUCAGAUGCUACCUACAGUGUUCUGAAGCAAGCGCUGUGUGACAAGCGCGUUAACCGUAGAGAUUUAGCACAAGAAUUUUGUUGUUAA